AAUGAAAUGUAUAUUUGACGUAUGAUAGAAAAGUGAAACAUUAAUAGCCAUUUAUUGUUAAUUAUCGUAAAAGGCAAUUUUUUUAUACUAUUUAUGAAAAAAAUCUCUUUGAUAACUUUUUGAAAUAAAAAUAGAUACAAAUAAUUUAACUGUCAAAAUCUUCAACCAAAUUAUUCAGUAUGUUAUUAAAAACUCUUUUCCAUCUGUUUGGAGCUAUACAGUUUUGUUAUGGAUGUUAUUAUGAUGCUGUAUAUGUUAAUAUACCUGGUACUUCUGCACCACCAUUUGGUGGAAAAUUAAAAUAUUUGACAUAUUUAGAUGCGAUAGUGCAGACUGUUUAUUUUACAAUAGCUUUACUCAAUGACCUGUUUGGUAACAAUGACACAACAGCAUCUGAGAAACCACUGAUUCGCCGAAUAAAGGAUAUCCUGUUUUGUGCCCUUGCUUUCCCUGUAGCCAUGUAUGUUGGAAUAUCAUUCUGGGGUAUAUAUGCAGUGGACAGAGAAUUAAUUUUGCCUAGAAGUUUAGAUCCAUACUUUCCAAAAUGGUUGAACCAUGUAAUGCAUACUAAUAUUGUUGUCUUUAUUUUAAUCGAGCUUGUCACAUCUUUCAGAAUGUAUCCAACAAGGAAAACUGCCAUGACUAUAUUAUCUACUUUUUUAAUUGCUUAUUUCAUAUGGCUUCAUGUAAUUUAUUUCAAAACUGAUAAGUGGGUCUACCCCAUAUUGGCUGUAUUAAACUGGCCAAUUAGAAUUGUAUUUUAUUUGGUCAGUCUUGGCUUUGUUUCUAGUCUCUAUUUUGUAGGUGAGAAAUUAAAUAGAAUUGUAUGGUCUAAGGAAGUAGAGCAAACUGUUAAAUCUGGAAAAAAGAAAGCUAAAUAAUUAUUAUAGAAUAUUGUUUUAUAAAUAUUUAUGUACCAAAUAGCUAGUAGAAUUGUUUCGUAAUUGUAGGGCUACCAGGUGAAGUUUAAAAUGAAGGAUAAUAUAGUUGAUAAAAGGUAAGAAUAGGUAUAGCAAUAAUUAUGAGCCUUGAAUGAUAUCUGAUAACAUUCUACCCGAUUUCGCUUUAGAUUUUUAUAGAUGCUACAUUAUGUUCAUGAAUUUAUUGAUAUUGUAUUCAAAAUCAAAUAAUUCAUUAAUAAUAUAUACACAUUUUGAUGGCUAGCUGAUUAUAUAAUUUGCCUUAUGUACAAUACAAUUAAAUUAUACUUAAACUUGAAAAUAAUAUGUCUAAUACAUAGAUAAACAGUUUAUCUUGGCCAGUGUCAAGUCGUAUGGUUUAUACUAGUUUCAGGUAGUAAUAUAUUUAUACUAGCGUAAGUGUCGGAAUGAUAAACAAAAAUUACCAUGAAAAUUAGAAAAGAACAAAUAAGCAAUAGAACCCAAAAAAGUAUAAUUUAGAAUUAAGAGCGUAUUUUAGCUUAACGAACUGUGGCAACGUCGCAUUUGUCAAUUUUCAAAAGCAAUUAAAGAAUUUUCAAUAUUUUUGACGUUGUCGUACUUCGUUAAGAACGCUCUUCUGAACAGAUUUUAAUAAAAUUAAUAAUCUGGUAGGUAUGAACCUAACAUUAUGGUAAAUCUGAUAACUGUACGUAUGUUUAUCAGAAGCAGCCUGCAUUUUAAGAAGUAAUAUACCUAAAGUAGCCUAAACGUAAAAUGAACUCUUUGACUAGAUAACCAUAUUUAAUGUUUGUAUGACAUAUAUUUAUUAAUUAUCCCAUAAUAUUACGAAUUAAAUUCGACUGCCACAAGAAAAUAUAGUGUUUUGUUUUUAUUUUUGUUACAUACUUUGACGUCGUAAUAUCAAUAUUUUGCUUAUGUUUAGAAUAAUAGGUAUUAAAAAUAACUUAUAAUGACAUGUACCUAGUUUUUGAGGCUAUAAUCCACACAAGUAUUUUUUACCUAAAAAUUCUUCUCUGUAAACAUGUCUUAGUAUUUUAUAUAAACACUACAGGAUUGUCAAUAGGUGAAUUUAGGUAUUUUUUUAACCAUUUACUAACACUGAAGUUGGUUUACAUUUUCUUUAAGUUCAGUUGAAACAGACUAAUAAACUUGUUAUCAUAAAUAUCUAAAUACAACAAAAUAUCUGGAUAUCUAUGCUAAUUAUGAAUGAAAUUAAUUUAGAAUCUGAAUUGAAAAUGUGUACAUCAGAUGUUAUAAUUGACUUCUUUAUUUAAUGUUAAUAAAUUUAUAUUAACAUACUUAUUUAAAUAAUUUUUAUGUCUAUUCCAAUGAAAUAAAAAAAUAUCUUUAAAUUCUCAGUAAAGGAAUUAGGAACUUAGAAUUGAGAGUUAUUAAAAGCCUAUAUAAAUAAAAAAAAAUGUCGAAUAUAGGUAUUAUUAAUUGAAUAUUUUAGAACUAAUAUACUGCCGUAAGAUUCGGUAUUUGUUAAACACAGUUUUUUAACAUUGGACUUUCAACAAAAUAAAAAAAGUAUAAUAAUAUAUGUUAACAUGACUAUUUUAUCAAGAAGAAAGCGUUUCUGCGUUUCGGACAUUAAUGAGAAAUAUUGAGUAGAAAUUAGGGAGUAGGUUGUGAUUUUAUGAUAAUUAUGUAUCUAAUUACCUACUUAUAUAAUUUUUAUUAGCUAUAAUUGUAAUUUGUACUUAAUGAUAAAAAUUGUGUGCAUUUUAAUUUAUUCCAAAUGAUACCAUGUAUUUAUUAUAAUUUUUUAUACAUUCCAUUUGGUUUUGCUUAAUCAUAUACACAAACAUUCAUAUAGGUACAUGCCGCAAGUCCCCCUCAUAUAAAAGUUAAUUGCGUAUCUACUGAGCUAUAAUACUUGCUUUAAACUUAAAAAAAAAAAAAACUAAUAAUAGUUAAUCGUUUUAAAAAUACCAUUUUAAUUUUCUCAAAAUCUUUUUUGAAUACAUCUUAUGUAAUCGAAAUUUAGUAUGUUUUCGAACCAAAAAUUUAGUAUGUAUAAUUGCGGCAUUUAUUUAAAUCUAUAUCUUAAGUUUAUAUCCUUUUAUAAUAAUGUAUAUACUCAGCCACGAACAAUCCAUGUUGUGGGACGUGGCUUCUGUCGGCCUUGUGUUGUAAUAAUAAAUACGUAAAUUGAUAGUGUUAAGGUGUAGAUAAAUAUUUAUGGUUUUAAUUUCAUAUAGGUGUAAUUUUAUAUAGCGUAGUCUUUCGUACCUUAUGAAAAACCAAAUUAUUAAAUAUGUUGCUUAUC